UCAUUCUGCUUGUCAAUUCGCCUAUUUUUGCUUUCCGUCCCUUUCUUAAUCCACGUUCUGAUUUCUGCACGUGGCUGCCUUUUCAGCUAUCGAGCCAAAGCUUACGCAAAGAGACAGAGGUGUCGAAUUAGCCUAUACUUCCCACAUGUGUUCCCUCCCUCAGGCCUCAAACAUAGAAAUAGAAGUCGGCUGUAAUUAUUUAAUUUAAUUUGGCUCAUCAGGAUUCAAGCUUGAGAACUCUGGCCCUGUGAUACCCUAUUGAAUUGCAUGUAGCUUAAGUCGAUGGAAUAAAAAAAAGGGUGCACUUAUGGCUAAUUCACUUUUAUACUUGUCAACAAUCAGAAUCGUCCCAGACUCCCAGUGUGCCUGUGGCAGAACAUUCUUUUGCUUCCUGGAUAGUGGAGACAGUCACAUAUGAAAACGAUCUUUUCGUGAGAAAACUAAGACAGAAAGAAAACAUAAGACUCUGAACCUGCAGUUUAGCAAGAUUAGACAUUCCAGGAAAUGCAACUAACGAGACAAUCAUCGUUGGAGGCAGCUGACCUGGGGCGCGCCAUGCAUCCUCGAAAGCAGGCAAAGCUUGUGGGUCGGAGUUGCGAGCUCUGCUCACUGUUCGAAGUGGAAGGGAUCAGAAGCAGCCAAUCAGCAUAUGCAAAAAUGCGACGUGGUUUGUGAGUGGUAAUUAGUUGCUUUGUCAGCUUCACCAUCGAUCGUGCUCACAUGCUUCAUUGUCUUGGUAUGUUACUGCCUCAUGAUUGCUCCAAGAUCGAGGAUACGAUUCUCUACAAGAUUGGUUGGUGUGUGUUAGUGUUACUGUCAGCUGUCAUACUAGUCAAACUCAACUUUCUUGGACCAUGGUUUCUCUCUCUCUCUCACACACACACACAGCUCCCGUCUUUUUGUCAAGUUGAAGGUCUAUCAAGUUGAAGGAUGUUUCCUAUAAGUGAUACAAGAAGGCACUAGUGUCACAGACAGAGUUGCAUUUAUCAUAUGUAUGCUUUAAUUUGUUUUAGUCAGUAGUAAUAGUAGUCAAGAUGUUAAUUAAUCUACUAGUACCUGCGAGUGUACAAUAAUUGCAAUCUGGAAAGAAACCGGAUUUUUGGAAGUCAAACUCACUAUCAUAUAUGCUUUCCCUUGGGCAGACCAUGCCCACGAGUUGAGUUGGCUGGCUGGACCAGAGUUUGACCCCCCAAAGUUCACAAAUAAUUCAGUUGCCAUGAACCACACGGUAUGGCAAGGAGUGGCAGAGGUCAAAGAUACAGCCUCCCCCACAUGCCACAUGGCCUGCAAAAAGAGUGCAACACUAGCAAAUAAUUCAGUGCCUGAUCUCCCUUUUCUAAUCCAUCUCUUGCUGCUGCAUGUGUGCUGCUAAGCCUCCCUUAUCCUGCUUUACACCCAUGAUCAGGCAGACAAGAUCUGGUGCUAUACCAGCUAGUGCCCCUCUGAUUCCCGGAAAGCCACCACUGUUAACAACACACUCACACGCCCAGACCCAGCUAGCUAGCUUCCUAGUGCCUCCUGGCCGGCCUAUCCAUUGCCUUGGCUCCCCUGGGUGCUACUGCUGAUGGGGAAAGACACCUAUGCAAGUUCACGCCAAGCCUUACCGUUGGCUGCAAUCUUGCUGCCCGCCUUAGCCUAUAUAUACUGCUUCCAGUUCAGCACGGCUGAAACUUACUCUUACGAGUCGCGGAGCUAGAGUUACAGCGCUCGCUGGCCUUGAAUUUUGUAGACGAGAGAACAGAUUUGAUUUCACCUGGGAUUGUGAUUUGGGAAGAAAGAGUCGGCGUCAGAGGAGAGGAUCACAAGUUGACGAGUGAAGACACAGUUAAAGCAGGCAUGCAAGAAGGGUACGUGUACUCGCGGAGGGCGCUGCUGCUGACUCCUCUGCACAGCUACGGGGAGAAUGCGGCGGCGAGCCAGGUGGUGGCCGGGCAGGAAGCUCCGGCGGGCGACGGUGUCAGGAGCAGCAGCAGCAGCAGCUUCGACGCGAACGUGGUCAUGAUCCUGGCCGUGCUGCUGUGCGCGCUCAUCUGCGCGCUGGGGCUCAACUCCAUCGUGCGGUGCGCGCUCCGGUGCUCCAGCCGGACGUCGCCCGGCGGGGCGCAGCGCCAGCCGGGCGCGGGGGCGGGGGCGGGGGAGCCGGUGGCGCGGCUUGCGCAGGCUGGGGCGCGGAGGAAGGCGCUGCGCGCGAUGCCGACGCUGGUCUACUCGGCGGGGCUGCUGCCGCUGCAGGCAGCAGGCGGCGGAGGGCCCGUGUGCGCCAUCUGCCUGGCCGAGCUGGAGCCCGGGGAGCGCGUGCGGGUGCUGCCCAAGUGCAACCACGGCUUCCACGUCCGCUGCGUCGACCGCUGGCUGCUGGCGCGGUCCACGUGCCCGACGUGCCGGCAGCCGCUGUUCGGCGCGCCGCACAAGGGCUCCGGCUGCGCCGACGAUGCCGGCGCCGGCGCCGAGCCUCCGGUGCGGGCGUUCCUCGUGCCGCUCCGGCCGGAAGGUUUCAUGACGCCGUACGAUUUUUAGACUAAGAUAGUCGUGUAACCUUUGAUUUGUAGAGAGUAUACAAGCAAAGCAAUACACGCAUGGGCACCGAUCACCGCA